GCGUCCGGGGACAGCGACUACGCGACAGGACAACGACGGCGAUGCGCAGUUGAAACAUGCUUGGCGCAGAGUGGUCGAAGACUUUCUGGUAAGUAUCCAGUGACUCUCUUUAGACUGGCUCAUCGCAGGUCAGCACAAUGCCGCGACAGCUGCCCUGGAAGAGCAGCGGGGGCGGGGGCAGCCGCACACAAACGAUAAAGCCAGCUACGCGCAAGACGAAGACAGCUGCUACAUCAGAUGACGUCGACGACGACUUCUUUGAUGGCACUGUGUCCGCCGGCAGCAGCAAGGACAAAGGUGAAGGCAAAAGCAAAGCAAAGGCAGCCUCAGAUUCAGAUAGCUCCCUGCCAGAGGCCGGACCAUCACCACACACCCCAAAAUCAAAGAGAACUGAACCCAAAGAGCGAGCGCAUUCAUCUUCGCCGCCACCUCUGGCAGACUGUGCACCCCCUCGCGAUGAGCCUAUGCGGAAAGGCGUGUCCAAGUUCGACCUUCGAGAUGAUGAAUGGAUGAUGGUCGAAGACGAGUUUCUCGAGACUGCAAAGCUUUUCACACGGCACUUGCACAUCGCAGAGUACGACAGGCUAAAAGAGAGAAUCGAGGCGAAGAAGAAGGACGCUGGAGUCGCAAGACCUGUUGUCGCAGGCGCAAAGCGCUCGGUAGAUGGCGCAAUGAAAGAGCGGGCAAGAAUUCAAGAGAGCAGACAGAAGAAGGCCAUUCGAGAUGUUUUCGCCUCCCAAGGUGAGUCAAGUGAGGACGACAGAGCCUCAUGUCGCCCGGAGCCAAGCAAUGUCCCUUCAAUUACAGCACGAUGUCCUCCACCUACGAAUGAAGCACAGGAGACUGAUAGCGACGACUUGGAUGCCCCGCGCCCGCCGAAGCCAAAAGAGCCAUCUCCUACGACUUUGACUGUAGCGAAACCAUUGCCAGCAACAAGACCGCGGCCCGCUUAUCCCCAGAAACCCAAGCCAGCAGCGGAGUCUUUCGUUAAACCUUCUCUCCCGGCUACGACAGCACCAGCCAGACCGCGCGCUCGGCCUUCGCGAAUGACGCCUUUCGAUAUGCUUGACGAGUACACGCCGCCGACUUUCGACACAAGAAACCCGCCUGCAACUCCUCGUGAUGAUCCGCGCUCUCAGUCGACAUCGUCCGCUCACUCGUCCUCUCAGACUUCGGAAACAACGACUACGCGAACUGUCAAGCCGCGGCGUUCCAUAGAUUUGCUCGAUGACUGGGGAUCCUUGAAAGACACCAUUGGGAUCAGUAAAGAGGUGGCAGAUAGGAUCGCAAAGAGGAAAAUUGAAAGAGCAAAAGAAGGGGACGCAACAGCCAAGAAGAGGGUCACCAAUCUAGAUGAUAUCCCUACAUUUUUGUUCUGAGUCUUUUUGGAGUUUGGAGUUUCGGCAAUGAUACCCCGGCUGUGAUUGACUUGAUAAUGGUCGUAAGGAGUAGUCAGCAAACGAUCAAGAUUAGAUUUGCGUAUUAUUCCAUUGUAUGUACGGGUAUCAUGAAAGACAGAAUAGAUGAACUCAAUCAUGCC